UCCUCCUCCUCCUCCUCCUCCUCCUCCUCCUCUUCCUCCUUCCUCCUCCUCCAAUGACAGUCUUUCCAUCACCAUUGCAGAUCCUUAUGACCUUCAAUAUCCUUGGAGGGAAAUUCCCUAUUUUUACCUACACAUUACAACUUACCUGGUGACGCUCGUGUUUGGAGUGUUGGGCAACGUGGCUGUGAUUGUCCUUAUGGCAGGCGAUCGCAAGUCACGCAACACCACCAACAUGUUCCUGGUGUCCCUGAGCGUGGCUGACCUGCUGAUGCUGCUGCUGUGUGUGCCGCUCAAGACUGUGUACUUCUUCGUGGUGCUGUGGGAUUCUGGCGGCGCGGCGUGCAAAGUUGCCAACUACGUGAUGAUGCUUUCCUUCACCGCCAGUGUGCUCAACCUGACGGCAGUCAGUCUGGAGAGGUUCAUCGUCAUUGUGUUCCCCAUGCGGUCAAGGUCACUGUGUACGAUGAGCAACUGCAGGAGGUCAGUGGUGGUGGUGUGGGUGACCUCGCUUCUCCUAGCCAGCCCUGUUGUCUUCGUUAUGCGAAUGAGCACCGUCGUUUACAUGGACCCGGCCAGAACAGUGCGGGUGACAGCGUAUUACUGCCAGAAGAUGGAUUCCCUAGCCUUUGUGACCUACCAGCUGUCCAUCCUGUUCGUGGUGCCCGCCCUGCUGAUGAUCGUCUUCUACGCAGCCGUCAUAAGGGAGCUCUGGCGGUCCACGAAGACUAUAAGAGUGCUGACUAAUUCUUCUUCUGCUCGUGGGGCAGAAACCUACUACCUUCAAACAAGAGGGCGUGAAUUGACAGCAGGAAGACUGAAAGGAAGAAACGGGCGAGGUUUUGCCAGCGAUUCUGCUUACAAUAGUUCUGCCUCUCUCUACGUGCCCCAGCCCCUCCCGAGGUCCCGCACGCCUUCGCCAGGUGGAAGGUGCCUGCAGAGAAAGAGGGAGAAGGGAGAGGAUGUGAAGAAGGCGAGGAAGCAGGUGAUCAAGAUGCUGAUAGUGGUGGUGGUGCUGUUUCUGCUGUGCUGGGGACCGAGCAUCAUCAUGGGCGUGUGUAUCAAUCUGGGGCUUAUUCAGUUUAACGAGGUCUUCUACAACUUCAACAUCAUCUUCGUUCUGCUUCCCUUCAUUCACUGCUGCAUCAACCCCAUUAUCUACUGCUCUAUGUCUAAAAACUUCCGUAGAGCAGUCAAACAGUACAUCCCCUGCUCCCGCGCUACUGCUACUACUACUUCUACCUGCUGUAUGUCUCUCCACUGCUGCUCCACCGACGCCCCUCCACCUGGCCCACUAAGAAGGGUGGUGGAGAGAGCGUGUAUUCUUCCUACUCUCCAGAAAUCACUACAAGACACACUGAUGUUGAAAAUGUGUCAAAUAUGUGAGGGUUUUGUGUGCUGUGGUGCUGUGGUGUGAUUGGGGUGUGUUUAGGGUGUGUUUGGGUGUGAUU